UUCUCAUGCUCCUACCACUAGUAGUCAUAGUGGGAAUGUUACCAUUGGACCUAGGAUUCGUAAAUCUAGGUUGGAUUCCUUCUUUGUGCCUCGCACUACUCCUGGGUCCCAACCGUCGCUUGAGGGCAUGGGUUGGAACAAGGAGGUCCAUGAUGCUGCUAAAAUGGCAAUUGGCAGGUUUUGGAGCUACAGCUGUAUUCCAUUCUUUGUAGCCAGGUCUCCUUAUUGGCAACAAAUGGUUGAUGCCAUUACCAUAUGCGGGGCGGGGUUCAAAGCCCCUAGUGAGAGUGAUUUGAGGGGACCCAUUUUGUCUCAAAUGGUGGAUGAUGUGAAAAAGGAUUUAGAUGAACAACACCACAUAUGGAGCACUAAAGGUUGCACCAUCAUGACUGAUGGUUGGACGGAUAGGAGAAAUAGAACUCUCCUUAAUUUUCUUGUUUCUUCCGUAGGGGGCACCGUUUUCAUCAAGUCCAUUGAUGCCUCCGCCCAUUGCAAGAAUGCCACCUACCUAUGUGAGCAGAUAGAGGAGGUGAUUGAAGAUGUGGGUGAGGAGAACGUGGUACAGGUGGUGACCGACAAUGCAGCAAAUUAUGUUGUUGCGGGUAGACUAUUGAUGGAGAGGCACCCAUCUAUAGUUUGGACUCCAUGUGCUGCUCAUUGCAUUGACCUCAUGUUGGAGGAUAUUGGAAAAAUCCCAUGGGUCAAGAGAUGUGUAGAAAGGGCAAGAAAUGUCUGCAAAUUUGUAUAUAAUCAUUCAUGGGUGUUGGCUCUUAUGAGACAAUACACAAAGCAGAAGGAGUUGCAUCGUCCAGGAAUCACAAGAUUUGCCACAAACUUCCUCACAUUGCAGUCCAUGCUUAGGUCUAAGCCUGCCUUGAGACGUAUGAUUGUUGGUGAGGAGUGGUCUUCCUCAUCCUAUGCUACCACCCCUGCAGGGAUAGAGAUGGCAGACUGCAUUUUUGAUGAGCAAGGCUUUUGGGUCCCUUGUGAUGAGAUAGUGAAGGUAAUUUUUUUAUAAAUUCUACAAUUUAGCUUCAUGUUUUAUAAGUUAUUAUAUGUAUUCUCUUAUUUGCUCAUUUUUCUAAAUUACACAAUAUUUUCAAUUUUGCAGUUUGUUAAGCCCUUGGUGGUUUUGUUGCGAGUUGCGGAUGGAGAUAAGCCCGCAAUGGGCUAUAUAUAUGAGGGCAUGGAUAGGGCGAAGGAGGCCAUCAAAUUCGUCUAUGGAGCAGAUGAGAGCAAGUAUGGUCCCAUUUG